GCAGUAGUAUUGCAGUGAAAGCAAUGAAAUAGAGUUUAUAUUGUAUUUCUAGUGUAUAUAAAGUCAGACAUCUUUACGUUUUUAAGCACUCAUUAUAUUAUGUAAUAAAUAAGUGAUAAACAGUUUGACAACACUUUUGACAACAUUAUUGACAGCACUCGUAGACACCACUCGUAGACACCACUCGUAGACACCACUCGUAGACACCACUCGUAGACACCACUCGUAGACACCACUGAUAGUACAGACAACUCGUGUAGUGAUUGCAACAAAUGAACCGAUUUUUGGUCAUUUAGACAGUCAUUAACACAAUGGACGAGUUGAUCAAAGUGGUGAAGACCGGCAAUAAAAACGACAUUUCCGUUAAAAUCCAACAAUUUCUUAAUCAGUAUGGCAAAUUGUUUACCAUUGAUGACACUAUUCAACACAAGAAACAGCUGACGGAAUGUCUGUUUCGUUUGCUUCGAGACCCCGAAUACGUUGAACUGCAUUCACACUGUCUGGAAGUGAUGCGUAUACUGACCAGAGAUAAGCAACAUUGCGGCGAUCUGUUCAGUGCCGACCGUAUUGAGACUAUGCUUCACUUAGCGAUGUUGGUCGGCGAAGAAGAAGCAUUUAUGACAUUACAAAAUACACGGUUUGAUACAAGAGUUGUUGUCGAGGCCCAGAUGUGUCUCUGCAAUCUUAUCUACAACUGUUCCACAAUACAGAAGCUCUGUGCCAACAAUUCCUGUAUUGAAGGCAUUAUGUUGAGACUCCGUAUGCAUCCCGAUCCUCAACUACCGCAAGACGUCAAGUAUUAUGACAUGCGAAUGCUGUUCCUCAUCUCUGCCCUUUGCGCCGAAGUUAGACCAAGAAUUCGUGACGAUUAUCACGGACUCAUAUACCUAAUGGAAACCAUUGAUCUCAUACUAAAGAAUAACAGUGAAAGUCAGGCACAGGUGCCCAAUAAAAACAAACGGCGCUCCAAAGGGUCGCGAAGAGGCAAAAAAGGUGCACCAAAUGACACCACCGAAGAUGAGUGUCUUGUGGCGUACUAUCUCGACAAUUGGGAGGUCGACUUUGCCAAUGAAGUACUUAAAUCGUUAUUUAAUUUGACAAUUAAUAUCGAUAAAAAUCAUUUGGAUGAGAUAGAAGAGGCACACUUCUUAAGGCUGGUAUCUAUUCUUCACGAUCUACUUCUUUGUGACACCAAAUCCAAAGAUAAAAAGGAGGACUUACAGAGUCAUACCGUUAAUCUGUUGACCUCAAUGCCGGCCAACAGUUUUGAAGAGCUUUUGUCGCCGAUCACCGAAAUGGGUCGACCAGAUAAUCCCGAUCACGAAUACGACGAAAUGAAUAUGGAAGUGAUCGCCGUUUUGGUACAAUUUCUGUCUAAACGACUCGAUAAUCAUACCGUACAGAAUAGUCGCGAACGUUUGGCUCCAAUACUUACGUGUUUGAGUGAAGCCUCGAGAGCUAAUCCAACCAUCAGAAAGUAUUUACGUUCGAAAGUAUUGCCGCCACUAAAGGAUGCGCGCGAACGACCCGAAGAAGGCACUACACUUCGCAAUCGAUUGGUCCGUCUUAUGACGUCUCCGCACACCGAAGUCAAAGAAUUAGUCGCCGAUUUUCUCUUUGUUUUGUGCAAAGAAAAUGUGUGCAGACUUAUCAAAUAUACAGGUUAUGGUAACGCUGCAGGACUUCUAGCCAAUCGCGGACUAAUGCUCGGCGGAUGCGGUAAUUCAGGCAACUAUUCUUCCGAAUCCGAGGAAAGUGAUACCGAAGAGUACGCACAGAUGAAAGACAAAAUAAAUCCAGUGACGGGUUGUUAUGAAGAGCCAAAGCCGGACCCAAUGGCCGGAAUGACAACCGAACAGAAAGAAUACGAAGCGAUUCGUUUGGUUGAAAUGAUCGAUAAGUUAGCAAAGACAGGAGUUGUAAAGCCUUGUCGUGUUGGCGACGAUGGAAAGCCUCAUCCUGUGGAACACAUACUAGAGUUGCAGCAAAUGGCAGCUGAAUGUAAACGUAAAGAUUCAAAAAGUGAUGAUUAAAAUACAGAAUUUGUGAUUGAAGUCUAAAAAAGACAUUUUUAUGUAUCAAAAGAAAAAUGUUUUUAUUAAAUGUCAAACUUAAACAUCAAAUUCAUCUCCAAAAUUGAUUAUAAUAUUAUUAACACAUAUUUUAGAUUAACUUAAGCUUUUGUGCUAUAAUUUACAUUCUAAAACAACGAUAACUAUUUUUAUUUACAAUAUAUUAUUAUAGUUAUCAUUAUUAUUGACUACAAAUUGUAAUUUUUUCCCAAAGUAAAUGAACCCUAUAUUUAAUGUUAUUGUAAUUUAAUUAUGAAUAUCAUUGGUAUAAAGCAAAUAUUGAUAUCAAUUAUUAAAAUA